GUCGGAAAGUCUCGUCAUGUGACCCGCGAGAUAUAACGAGAAAACGUACUUCCGGGCAGUUGCUGCAAUAAUGGCGCUAUCAAUAAUAUACUGGGCUCGAUAUGUAGAUGGCCAUACAAAGCUUACUAGGAAGAGCGAGAAAGCCGUGGAUAGCGACAGGGUGCUAAAGUUCGUUUUAGACAAAGAAUAUCACGUGAUAUCGGCGGUGGUUCAAGCUUCAAUGCGAGACACUUCAUACAAAGUUCAGAUAUUUCUGGAAAAUGAAGAUGAUGAUGCAGGAACAAUUAUAUCAUCAACCUGUGAAUGCCCUAUGGGUCAGUUUCGCUGCCACCAUGUAGCUGCUGCACUUCUGUUUGGAUAUAAAAGAGCAAGUAAGACAGAUGUGAAGUGCAGCUGGAUCAAGCAUCCAAAAUCGGCACCUCCCAAAUCCACAACAACCAUGGCGGAAAUGUAUCCACCCAGGCAACAAGAUUAUAGGGACAAGCUUGUUAUUUCUUCGGAAAAUGUCAUUAAGACUGCAUGGAUGACUACAGGUCAACGAGAGAAUUCGUUAUGGGCAGCUGUUCGCAAGUUACGAAUAACUGCAUCAAAUUUUGGGCAAGUUAUCGGAGCUAUCAGGAGAAAUCGGCUAACUUUAUCCUUGAAGAAAAGGUUACUCAGUGCUUACAAUCUUGAGAAGAGACCUUCUAUUCAGUGGGGACUUACACAUGAAAAGGUUGCAAUAGAUAGCUAUUGUAAGCUUUCAGAGGUGUCUGUAUUGCAGACAGGUAUUUGGCUCCAUGAAUCAGGAGUUCUUGGAGCUUCUCCUGAUGGAUUUGUCCAGGGUGAUCCUAAAACGUGUAAUAUGAAUGUCCACCUUCAAAGUAAACUGACAGCAUCACCAGCAAUUUUAGAGGUGAAAUGUCCGUUUUCAGCAAGAGCGAUGUCCAUAAAGGAUGCUUGUGCAAACUUGAAAGAUUUUUUUCUAGAGUGCGACUCUGAGGGCACUUUGCGUCUCAAAGAGAGCCAUGACUAUUGGCAUCAAGUUCAAGGCCAACUUUAUCUAACAGGAACUUCAUGUUGUGAUUUCGUUGUUUGGACACCAGUCAGUAUGGAAGUUAUUCGCAUUCUUAAAGAUGACUCAUGGCAAUGCCACUUGAAAAACAUGAUUGAAUUUUAUUUCAAUGUUUUUUUUACCCUCUCUUAAUUAAAAACUUGGCAGACUGUAAUUCAGAAAUUUUCUAUUUACUGUUUAUUUUCCUAUUGAUACAUUAAAUUACU